CAGGUCUCCGGCAGGACCCACAGACGGCAGACUGGCUGAGGAGGUCCUCCACCUGCCAGGUGCUCUCUGCCCAGCCAACAGACAGCAACCCCCCGGCCGGCUUCUCUCCUGAGACCCUCUCGCCGACAGACACAGCCCCGCCCCCAUGGCCCGGCCCCUGCCGGUCACAUUCGGUUGCAUCAGCCUGCUCUGCCUGCUGCUCCCGGGCACACUGUCCCGCGGCCUGGGCGGGAGCCAAUGGCCUGCCCCACCUAGGGAGCCCCCAGCCUGGGCCCCUUCCAGUGGCCUGAAGCCGGGACACCCUGCCGUUCAGCCUGUGGUCUGGAAGCUACGCCAGGCCCUCCAGCCACAGAGGAGCGCCAACCGAGCCCCUGCCAUGGGUCACCCUCUCCGGGGUGGCCCCCACCGACACCCGGGCUCCCACAGGUCCCGAGCCCAGCUCCUGAGGGUGGGCUGUGGGCUGGGCACCUGCCAGGUGCACAACCUCAGCCACCGCCUAUGGCAGCUGGUUGGGUCAGCCGGCCCACGGGACUCAGCCCCCGUGGACCCCAGCAGCCCCCACAGCUACGGCUGAGAUGGAGCAGGACAG